AUGCCGAAAGUGCGUCCGGUCGUGGGGCGCCGCGCUCAGCGUGCGCAGCGCCACAAUCCACUGCAUCGCCCGCAGAUUGAGGUGCAGACGGCGUCCGUGGAGCAGGUGGUGCCCGCCCUCGCCAAGCUCGGUACCGGACCGGAUGCGCCUCCCGUCGACACAGGCGACAAGGUGUGGGCGCUGGCGUCCGUAUCGACGCUUUUGGCCGACGAUCAUGAGCCGCACCGCCGCCUUCUCCUUGCUCACCAGGUCGUAGGGCGUGUGCUCUAUGCGCUCGAGUCGGAUACAAAUCUGGAGGUGCGUCGCGAGGCUAGCGGUGCGCUGCGCAACCUGUGCCUCAGCAGCCGCUCUACCGACACGCUCGGCGAGCUCGCCAACAAGCGCGCUGUAGAGAUUGUGCUUCAGGUGCUCCGGUGGGCCGCACUAGGACUGCAGAGCCACGAACGCCGCUUGGAGCGCACGCGCGCGCCGCUCCUGGCUGAACGCGAACGCCUGCGCACCAAGCCCGUCGAGCAGAUGAACCGCAAGGAGCGCCGCCUCGCUGCCAAGCUCGCCCAGGGGCGCGUACCUGACACCGCGGCUGAUGCGAUGGCCGACUUUGAUGGUGACGACGCCCAGGGCACGCUGGAUUUCCAUGGCUGGGGCGCCGAUGCAGACGCCUCGCUCGCUGGGAUGGGCUCCGCCGCUGCGCAGUGUCUUGUCGAGAUGUGCGAGAGCCUCGUCACAGUGCUAACGUGCUUUUGCGAGGCGAGCGAUAAGCUCCUGGCACGUGUGCUCCAGUGGGACUGGCACGAGCCGCGCGGCACGGCGCUCGCCGGCGAGGCGCUGUGCGCCUGGCUAUGCCAGGCCUUGCACCUCGGCGUCCACGCUGCGAGCGGCGCGCCGUCUGCCGCAGACCCAGCGUGUGUCGUGCCGCAGAUCGCGCUCGGCAUUGCCAGCGCACAGGCGCUCAGUGCGAUCACGGAUGAGGAAGGCAUGGCACAGGCACUCGCCGGCCUCGGGCCGGGGCCGGGGCGGGCGCCGAUGCCCUCGCCCGCGCAGCUGCGCGAUGCGCGGGAGCGUGGCGCAGCACGACUUGCCAUUCUCGCAGAUGCUUCUGCGCUCUUGCAGCGCGAUGCGGCGCCGCGGCCUGCGAUGCUCGGCGCUGCUGCUGGCGGCGUGCUGGUGAAUGUGCUGCGCAACGCGCGCAACGACGCAGAAGAUGCGCCAGCUGUUCGGUCCGAGCCGCUCAGCGCGUUUGUGCAUGAGGCGCUGCUCCAGCAGCUAGUGACGCUCCUGGCGCCUGCGUCGGUGGACUCGGUAAAGGAUGACGCAGUGGCGUUGCUUGAGAUGUGUUUGGAGCUGGUCGCUGACUUGGCGAGCGUGCUAGGUACGCCGCUCGAUACUGUACACAGCGGCACAGCGCUGGCGAGUGUGCCCGUGACCGAAGAGGGGGGCCUAGGCGAUUGGGUCGUAGCUCGCUGCAUGCGCUCGACCCUCGUCGAGACGCUGUUGCGACUCGCGACGCCGCACGAGAGCUCCGCCGCCGAGUCGCCCGGCGCAGCGCGCCGCGCGAUCGAGACGCGAGCGCUGGCCGCGCUGCAGAACUUGCUGCUGCGCCUUGCGCACUUUGCACCGCCGCCGCCGUCGCAGUGGCCCGAGGACGACGAGGAGAUGCUUCAGCGCAUCGCGCUGUGGCGCGCAUGGUUUGGCACCUCGUACCUGGAUGGCGCAGAUCCGGCACAGUCGGCAUCGGAUAUGGGCACGAUGCUCCGCACACUGUGGGACCAAGUGUUUGCCAUCGCAGCGCACUGGGCGAGCGUGGAUAGCGUGGCCAAUGCGGCUCCCGGUACCUCUGACAUGGACGUGUCCGUGGCGCAGGACGGACUCGCCAUGGUCGAUGCGGGCCUCGGUGCGCUGUGGGCUAUGGCGCGUGUACUGGAAGGGCAGCUGCCGCUCACACAAGACGACGAGGCUGCGCCGUGGGUGUCUGCCCUGGCAGCCGCGUACGAUUCGGCCCAGGACGCGUCGGUGCGUGUCAAGAGUAUCGGCACCCUUGCGUGCCUUGCACGCUCGCAGUACUACCGCGUGCACGGCGCGUCGGCCCCGCCGCCCGUCUAUGAGCGAGUGUAUGCAGAGCUCGCAUCGUUCUGGCUGCAGGUCGCGGCGCAUGUGCCGGACGCUGACACACUGACGGCCGUGCUGAAUGCCAUCGUGGAUACAUACGCGAACGAGAUGGCGCCUUGGGACGGUGUGUACGCGCAGGUCCACAUGCAAAGCAAGCUCAAAGCGCUCGUGCCGAGUCUGUCGGCGAUUGCUAAGCGCGUGGAUCGCCACGCGGACGGCCCGCUGUAUGCGGCGGCCAUGGAGAGUGUGCAGAACCUACGGGCCUUUUUGGACUACCGGGCCAGCUUGCGCUGA